CACACAUUAUCAGUGUUCUAAACACGUGUGGCAUUUGUUUAUAUUCUUCAAAAAGCGAAAUGGAGCCGGGUAUUUGUUAUAUUAAACCAGAAUAUUUGUUGACCGAGAGCAAUGUCAACAAUGACAAGCCGCCGCCACAAUCUGACGAAACAAACAAGAGAAAGCAUGAGGACGAUGACGAUGCUGCAAAGCAAGACAAUAAGCGCGGUGGUAAAAAGGAACGCAAGCGUGGUCAAAAUAAGAACCGUCCUGUAUUUAAGGAUGAACGCUACUCGCAUCUUUGUCACUCCUUACUGCAAGGACCUGGUGGUGACCCUUGCGCUUUGCCCAAUUGCAAAUAUGUGCAUGAUUUAGAAGGCUUUCUGGUAGCCAAAGGUGAAGAUUUGGGCAAAGAGUGCUAUGUCUACAAGACAAAGGGCUAUUGUAGCCGCGGCGUCACCUGUCGCUUUGCCAAGGCACACACAGAUGCAGAGGGUAGAAAUCUUAAGGCGCCACACUAUGAUGAGCAGGCGUCAACAACAUGCAAUGGCAUAAGUGUAGAGCUGCAAGUGCGUCUACGCAAGCACGACUAUGACUUCACCAGAAGCAAAGAGCUUAUAAAGCAAGCGGAGCGCAUACGCGAUGAGCGCAAGCAGCGUGAAGAGCAAGAAAAGGGAACGCCAGCCGAAACACCCACAGGCUGUGCUGUGGAUGAUUCGCCGGUAGGUAGAGAUGCUGAGCGCAAGCCCGCUGUAGAUUUUCGCGAAAAACUUGUGCUUUCACCAUUGACCACUGUGGGCAACUUGCCCUUUCGUCGUAUUUGCAAAGAGUUUGGCGCUGAUAUAACUUGUGGUGAGAUGGCCUGUGCUGUGCCGCUGCUCAAGGGUCUGACGCAAGAGUGGGCGCUAACCAAGCGCCACGAAAGCGAAGAUAUCUUUGGUGUGCAGCUGUGUGGCAACAAUCCCAAUGUAUUAUCGCAGGCAGCGCAGCUGAUGCAUGAGAAAGCGAAGGUUGACUACAUCGAUCUGAAUAUAGGCUGUCCCAUAGAUCUGAUCUAUCAGCAGGGCGGCGGCAGCGCAUUGAUGCGACGCACCAACAUACUGGAGCUUACAGUACGCAGCUGUUCAGCUUUGUCAGAGUCGCUGCCAUUUACAGUAAAAAUGCGCACAGGCGUCUACGCAGACAAGAGCGUGGCGCAUGAGCUGCUGCCGCUGGUGGAGGAGUGGGGCGCCUCCGCUGUAACGCUGCAUGGACGCAGCCGUGAGCAGCGCUAUUCCAAGCAGGCCAAUUGGGCUUAUAUUGAAGAGUGUGCAGCGCAGGCCAAGCACAUGCCUGUUAUUGGCAAUGGCGAUAUACUCAGCUAUGAGGAUUAUGUAGAGCGUCGUGCCUGGGCGCCGCAUGUGAGCUCUGUAAUGAUUGGACGCGGUGCGCUGAUAAAGCCCUGGAUCUUCCAGGAGAUCAAGCAAAAGCAGGCCUGGCAGCCCACAUCAACGCAACGCUUUGAGCUGUUGCAGCGCUACUGCAACUAUGGACUGGAACACUGGGGCGCUGAUACUAAAGGUGUGGAGUCUACACGUCGCUUUCUGCUGGAAUGGCAAUCGUUUCUUUAUAGAUAUAUACCCGAGGAACUGCAACAAUCACCGCCGCAAAAGAUUAAUGCAAGACCGCAAAAGUAUCGUGGACGUGAUGAAAUGGAAACGCUUAUGGGCUCUGCUAGCGCCAAUGACUGGGUGAAGCUCAGUGAAAUGCUGCUGGGACCAGUGCCUGAGGGAUUUAGCUUUGUGCCCAAGCAUAAAGCAAAUGCUUACUAAUUUGUUAUGAACUUUAAGAUUGUUGUUGAUAAGUAAACACUUUAAUCUA